AUGUACGUCUACGUCGGAAAGCUUGACUGGCAGAAGUACGCACAGAAUGAAUGUAUAACGCUCGUCUUUCAUUCGGGUGUUGCCCUCCUGGAUCCCGUUUCCCUUUACUGGCAGUGGACAAUCGAUGGUCAGGACGUUGUGAAGAAGAACCACAUAGAGCAUGCCUUGAUUACCACCGUAUCCAAGGCAACCAGCGACUACGUUAUACGAUUCGCCACCUACUACAGCUUUGAGGCAACAAUUUCAUCCGAUUUUGCUUUUAUUACUCUCACGAUGUCGGAUCCCAAAGGAACCACGUCAAAAGCCAGGCUCUCUCUGGAGUACGCGGACCUCAGCCGAAUUCCAUCAGCGCAGGUUUUCACGGGAAAGAUCGCCUGGUCCGAAUUUAGCGUCAAUGAGAUGGCCAGUCUUAUUGUGCCUGGUGAGAUAGGCAACGGCGAGCCGAUUAUCCUGAGCCAUCAGUGGACCAAGGACGGCUCGGGGAAUCCAAAAGUCAAACACGUCGUCAAGGGUACCAUGAGAGACGUCGUUCCCGGCAUCGGCAAUAGCAUAAGCGGUAAGUUUGACGAUGGUUAUUACAAGUACGACUUUCGACUCGGCACACCAGAGGUAUGGCUUAGUAUGACGGAUCCAUCUGGGGUAGCCGCACCAACCGGGCAGCAUCAGCUUUGGCAGACUGACAGCAGGGAUCUUGGUAUCAAGAAGGCUUUGAUCGUGCGCUUCAACACGGGCAUGGAUACCGGCAUAUUCAAGAUCAAAGAUAUGCUACUCAAGCACCUGGGCUUCGCCGACAAGGACAUCCAAAUCUCUUACUUUGACAUAGACCCGCCUAAUGGGCCUAGAAAGGCCACGUUGUGGCAGGAACCUCCGACGGUGGCGAAUUUCAAGGCACGAUUCACCGAGCUCUGCAAAAGCGCACGCCCUGGCGACGUUCGAUUCGUCUAUAUAGACGCGCACGGGACUACCUUUCCCGAUGCUGAAAACUCUGGAGAAGUGGAUGACAACGACGAGGGUUGGGUUCUUGCAGAAAACGAUGAUGGCACUCGGAAGGCAAUACUCUCAGACGACUGGUUGGGACAAGCCAUCCGUGAAAAUCUUGCCAAGGGAGCCAAUCUCACGAUCCUGACAUCAUCUUGCAUGGGCGGCGGAAUGCUCGACACACACAGAAAGACGCCAGGGAUCCUCCUCGCUGGCUGUCAUGAGACCCAGUUUAACGUCAAAGCGUUGAAGGGCAUGGACCCGUGGAUAAUUGGUAUAACAACCUGCAUCAAGAACCACGUACGCCGCAAACGGGGCAUGCCAACGUAUGCGACGAUUUAUAGCGAGGCAAAGAACUUUAUUCGCGCGCAGUUGGCCAACGGUCAGCUCGGCCCUCGGUACAAAGGUCCCAGCCCGAAGGAGUGGGAGCCCAUACCCCGAAAUGCAAACGACCAUACUAGCAACCAAGAUCCUCAGAUGGUCUACGACAGCGGUUACAUCGACCCCGAUCAAGAGCGGUUCCUUUGCCCAUUUGCAGCUUGGAACAGUGGGGAGGCGAACGGAGGACUUGCCCGCUUUCCGAAAGACGAGUAUGCCCAUAGUGAGCUCUAGUCAUUGAUUCAAUAGUAAUGACAUUUGCGAUUGAAUUGGAUCACGAACUCGGUGGCAUGGAUCAUACCUGCGCGUAUGCUAUAUAUAACUAGCUUGGCUCGUGUGGGUCUCGACGGUGGCUCUCGGGUCUCGACCAAA